AUUACCAGCCUAUCUUGCAACGAAUUAGUAUUGACAAUCCACAAGAUGAAUCUGAUGAUGAGAAAGGUAUAAGUAUUAAAAAUAUGAACAAAAGUGAUGGGUUGACAGAACAAAAGAUAGAAAUAGGUGGAGAUGUAAGUGUGAUGAUUAGCAAAAAUAAAAAUAUCAGGAGUAGUGAUUCUAAUCAAGCUGGAUUAGAGAAAAAAAGUGCUGAAGAAAACAAUAUUAAAAGUAAUAAAGCAAUUGGUGAGAAAAAUGAUCAUAAGUUGGAUAACUUGGAAGUGGAAGUUGACCAAUUAUUGUUAGUUAUGAGGAACAGCAAUAGUGAAUUUGUAGAUGUCUGGUGUAGUAAUAGGACAUAUAAUAUCAGUUAUUGUGAUCAAGAAGAAUUGACUGGCGAUGAAAUUGGAGUCAAUAAAGAGAUUAGUUUGAUUGAUUUUAAUGAAUCUGAUCAGAUAGAUGAAAGAAAACCUAAAAGCAUAUUUGAUUUUAAAAUAGAUGUAGUUUUAGAAGAAGAGAAGAUAGUGGAAGAUCUGUUGAAAGUAUUGAGGGAUAAUGACUCUAAUGAAUUUGAUUGUGGUAUGGAUUUGUCUAAAUAG